ACUGCACUAUUAACACGUCCAGUAGAAACCAAGUCGUGAGAAAAAAUGUGGUGGUUUUUUGUGCUUUUGCUAGGCGCCCCCAUUGUGUUCUUUAUUUUUUUAUAUCGAACUCAGAAGCACUGGGAGAGGAGAGGACUGAAGCAGAAGAAUAUGGGCGUCACGAUACCAGAUAACUGGGCUGAGACCAAAUAUCCCAUCACUUUUCCAGACUACGUACAAAAGUUCUACGAAAUGUUCCCCAACAGAAGAUACGUGGGCUAUUACACCAUCUCAAACCCCAGCCUUUUUAUCCGCGACCUCGACCUAAUCAAACAAAUCAUAGUCAAAGACUUUGAAUAUUUCACCGACCACCAGCACUUCAUCUGGGAGGAGAACGACCCUCUCUGGAGCCAGAACCUCUUCUCUUUGAAGGGCAAAAAGUGGCGCGAAAUGCGCACAACCCUUAGCCCUACCUUCACCAGCAGCAAAAUCAAAUACAUGUUCACUCUAGUCCAGAAAAACGGCGAACAGUUCGCUCGCUAUUUCCUCGACAAAAACGAAAACUUCAUGGUUUUCGAAAUGAAGGACAUCUUCACACGUUUCACCAACGACGUCAUCGCCAGCAGUGCCUUUGGGGUCGAAUGCGACUCGCUACGAGAGCCCCAAAACGAGUUCUAUCUGAUGAGCAAAGCUGUGACUGAUUUUACGGGACUUUGGAAAAUUGUAGCUGGGACUUUUUAUUUUUUGAUGCCUUCAGUGGCAAAAUUCCUGAACAUAAGUCUGUUCCCGAAGAAAGGCAGCAAGUUUUUUAGCAACUUGGUCAAAAGUAACAUCAAAAGUCGCCUCCAGCACGGUAUAGUCCGCCCUGACAUGAUCAACAUAAUGCUAGAAGCACGCAAACAUGGCUUAAAACACGAAGAAACCCAACCCAGUCAAGACACCGGUUUUGCAACAAUCGAGGAAUCAGAACUUGGAAAAAGUGGCAAAGUCAAGAAGGAGAUCACUGACGAUGACAUAACUUCCCAAGCCCUUGUUUUCAUUUUCGCCGGUUUUGAAACCGUCUCCUCGAUGAUGUGCUUCCUGAGCUACGAACUCGCCCUUAAUCCCGACAUCCAGAAGCGCCUGAUCCAGGAAAUCGACCAAACUCUGGACGCCUGCGGCGGUUCCAUAACAUACGAGAGCCUAAUGGGCAUGAAGUACCUGGACAUGGUUUUGACCGAGAGCCUCCGAAAGUGGCCGAUUUCCGCCGGUUUGGACCGCGUUUGCACGAAGGAGUACGUCAUCGAGCCGAAGCUGCCCGGGGAAAACCCGGUGAGGGUUGAUAAGGGUACUACGAUUCUGGUGCCGGUUUAUGCCCUUCUAAGGGAUCCCAAGUACUUUCCGAACCCGGAAAAGUUUGAUCCGGAACGGUUCAGUGAUGAAAAUAAGGGUAAAAUAGUGCCGUAUACGUUUUUGCCCUUUGGGGCUGGGCCCAGGAGUUGCAUUGGGACGAGGUUUGCGAUUAUGGAGACUAAGGUUUUGUUUUUCUCGAUUUUGAGGCACUUUGAGAUUGUGAGGGUGGAGAAAACAGCGGUUCCGAUUAGGUAUAUACCGCAGCAAAUCACGCUGUCGUCGGCUGAUGGGUUCUGGUUAGGGUUCAAGCGAAGGGUUAAGGUUUAAGGGGGAAAUCAAUAAAGUUGGUUCGGAAUUA